AUGUAAUUGAUAAUUUAAAAAUCUUAAAUUCACUUGCCUUCACAAAAAAGCCCAAAUUUAGCUUAAUUUUAUCCGGAAAAAGUGUAAAAUCUAGUCAAAGACGGUCUUUCAACCCCACAAAUUAUGGAAAAUUCAAUGAUGGAAGAGACAAAUCCCGAGCUGGAUUCCACGGUAAAAUUCACGUAUGCCACUCCAGCGAACAUGUUGCACAAUCAAGUCGCACUGCCGCAAAACCCGAUGCCGAUUCGCGAAUGGAAAGACAUCACAAAGGAGUUUUUCGAGGCAGUUCAGGAGCUGGAUGUCGGCGAAUUGCAGCAUGUUUUCCUCUUUGGGCUCUUCGAAGCCAUGUCUGCGAUCGAGAUGAUGGAUCCCAAAAUGGAUGCCGGCAUGAAACGAAAUGAAGAACCGGCUCCCUUGACGUUUGAAACUGCCGUCAAAUCCGGCGCGAUUAAAUUGAACGACAUCAGUUACAAAGACACGAUCGGAUUGAUGGACUCGAUGUAUGCGUGUCUCGUUUCGUGGCUCGAGGGACAUUCGUUGGCACAAACACUCUUCACCUGUUUGUAUUUGCACAAGCCACUGGAGAUUCAGGAUCAGAAAUUGCGGGCUUUUUGUUGUGCAAUGUUGAAACUUGUCGAGACGAUUGGCAAACAAAUUGUCAAUGUGAAAGUUUAUGAAGAAGAGGAUUUCCAAUCAAGCACAUAUGGCUACGACUUAUGUAGCAUUUUCUCGUAUAGUUAUAUUUUUACGAUGCUCAAAACGGCGGAAGAUGACUUAAUUAAGAAAGGGAAGGAAGCCACGGGGGAACUGGCGGAAGAAAUUCAAGGCGUUACGGCACGUUUGAAGUUUACGAGAUUCUUUUUGCAAGUUCUUGUGACAGUUGAACCGAGACCUGAAUCCGAGACCAAAGAAGCUGAAAUAAACGAAAUCGUGCGACUCCUUGGAGCAGCAAUCGACUUAGUUCCCAUCAUAAAACGCACAGUUCCCUUAGGAACGCAACCAGAGCCGGACUCUGACGUUCCCAACCCCAUCGGAUUCUCCCUCAUGGUAAACCAACGUCUUUUACCGCCAACAUUUCCGCGUUUCACGAAAUUCCGCGAACGCUCCAGCUGCUACACGUACAUCGACGAACUUGUACAACGCAUCAAACAGGCCUGCAAAGUAAUUCACUGCACGAAUUACCAUCAAGCGCUAAAUUUUUUCUUGGAAUUCAGCAAAAAAGCCGGAGCGUGUUUGUUAUCACGGAGUAUUUUGCAACAUUUGUUCUUCCGAGACGCUCCAAACUCGAAUAAGAUUUUCGGGUAUAACGAAGUCGAUCAGUUGCUCAAGAAAUCGAUUAAGGAAUUUAUUGCGCCGCCCGUUUUGACGCCGGAACAUCCGCUGUAUGCGAAUCCGAUGGCGAAAGAUUGCGUCGACUCGUUUUUCUUCUAUAAUCAGUUGACUUUUGUGUCGUUCAUUGAGAUUUGCGGCUAUAAUCGGGCACGUCAGAGGGAUAAAUUGGCGAAAUUACUCGAUGGAUUUGCGAAUUUGCAGGAGGAAGCGGAGCGGGUGGAUGCUUUUUUCCAUAAAUACAUGAAAUCCGAGUCGUUUGAUGCCCCAAAGCACUUGGGAUGCUUCGGAACGUGGGUUUUGUACUACAGUUUGCGUGCGAUGUCGUUAUAUUUGCUCUCGGGACUCGAAUUAGAGCUUUAUAGUGUUCACGAGUACCUCUACAUCUUCUGGUAUUUGUACGAAUUCCUCUUCGGAUGGGCAGUUUCGGCUUUAACACGUGCCGACACCUACUUGAAUGACGAAGACAAGUUCCUCGAGACGCGAAAUCACGCCAUGACAGGCAAAGGUAAGAAAAAUAAAGGCGCCAAUAAGACAAAAAACAAAAAAAUGAAGCAUCACACGCGCGAAAUCAUGUACAAUCAAGCCCUUCAGAACAUGUGCGGCGGUUAUUACAAAGGACUCGCGGGAUUUUUGCAAGAAGAACGCAUCCCGCAACCUCUGCCGAUGUUCAACAACGAAAAAGUCCGUUACGAACACCGAUUUGCGCCGUUUACUGAACUAACGACACCCCCGCCCAUGCCGUAUUACGACUACAAACGCAUGGAACUGCAACUUUUGCGGAUUCCGUCGCAAGAUCUCUUUUUGCAUGCCGCGAAGCACUUUCAUCAGGCACGAACGCUGUUAGAGGCGAUACCCGAUCCCGACGUUGAGAUGAUCGACAUUCUCAAAAUUGCGAAAACGAACUUUGUUGUCAUGAAUUUGCUGGCGAACGGACAUAAGAAAGACUCGAAAACGCCGCCAGAAUUUGACUUUAGUCUGCACAAGUACUAUCCGAUCAUUAAGCAGCAAUAAAUCUCGUAGCAGUGUCGUUUUUUUUUGUAUAACGUGUUUAAGAUGUAGAUUCGAAAGUUUUUAAAUAGGAAAAAAAACCAAAUAAAAAUUUGAG